UAAGCACUGAUAAGCUGAUAGUAAAAAAAAAUAAAUAAAUAAAAGUCUUUGUCCUGCUUCUGUCUGAUUUUGGUCACUCUAGAGUGAAUUAUAAUAUCAUUCUACAGGUUGUAUCAAUUAUACAGUCAUCCAUUUAUAUUCUCUUCAAUUUAUUUGUCAAAAAGUUAUUUAUAAACAUCAAAAAAUUUGUGGAAUUAAAUUACAUUAAAAAAAAGUAAACAUAUGUUUUUGACAACACAAAAAUAAACAAAUAGAAAAUCUAUAAAUAUCAUGAUGAAAAUGAUUUUUGUUGUUAUAUUUAUUAUCUUUAAUUGUGGUUUAUCUUUUGGCAAAAAUUCAACUGAGCUUGACACAAUUAUUUUUGCAAAUGUUCUGUUUAGACAUGGUGAUCGAACUCCAUUAGAUCCGUAUCCAAAUGAUCCUUAUAAUAAUGAGACACUGUGGCCAGUUCCAUUUGGUCAACUGACAAAUCUUGGAAAACAUGAACAUUUAAUGCUUGGACGAUGGCUGAGAAAACGUUACGACCAUCUGUUACCAAAACAUUACUCAUUGUAUGAUAUUUAUGUUGAAAGUACUGAUGUUGAUAGAACACUCAUGUCAGCAGAAGCAAAUUUAGCUGGUCUUUAUACUCCAAUUGAUGAUCAAGUAUGGGAUCCACUAAAAUGGAUGCCAAUACCAGUUCAUACUGUACCAGAAAAAAAUGAUUAUAUGUUAGCUGGAAAAAAACAUUGUCAGCGUUAUAAUUAUGAAAAGAAAAAAUUAUUAAAAUCUAAUGAAUUUACAAAAUUAAUGGAACAAAAUAAAAAAUUACUUGAUUAUUUAACGCAAAUGACUGGUAGAAAAAUUAAUACGCUUGAUCAAGUUGAAUAUAUAUACAACACAUUAUACAUUGAGAGUCUUUAUAAUUUUACAUUGCCUGAAUGGACAAAAACCAUUUAUCCAGAUGGAAUAAAACGACUUGCUGAAUUAUCAUUUGCAAUCCCUGCAUAUAAUAAAAUUCUUGCACGAUUGAAAAUAGGAACAUUAAUUGGACAAAUGACUAAUAACAUGGUAUUAAAAUCACAAAAAAAACUUUUACCUGAUAGAAAAGUGUGGAUAUACAGUGCUCAUGAUGAUACACUUGCUAAUUUUUUAAUGGGAUUGAAUCUUUUUGAUUUCCAUUGUCCUCCUUAUGCAGCGACAGUUCUCGUUGAAUUGAGAAUUAAUAAACAAAGUCAGUACAGUGUAACAAUAUCAUAUAAAAAUUCAACAAAUGAACCAACAUUUUUGACACUUCCUGGAUGUACAUCAAAUUGUCCUCUUGAUAGAUUUGUUGAAUUAACAAAAGAUCUGGUGCCUGAUGAUUGGCAUGCCGAGUGUAAUGAGUCUGCUGGACCUGGCGAAAAUUUUCGAGAAAUUAUCACGUCAGCAUAUAUAAUUUCACUCAUGGGAUUUGUUUUCUCAUCGAUCAUUAUAUAUUUGUAUGUUAAAAAACGUUCACAUCAGUAUUACACUCGUUUGGGUAAAUAUUGA